AUGGCAACUGUUGUAUAUCAAGGGUUUCAAUCUUAUUUUGAGUCUCAACACUUUGAGCCAAGAGCUCUAAGACUCAGACUCUCUUCACCUAACAAUCCUCACUUUUCCACACCUCUCAAAUCUCAUUUCCUAGACUCAUCCAUCACUCCACAAGCCAACACUACUACCACUAAUGCAACCUCCUUGUCCUCGUCAUCGGACUCAAACUCGGACUCUAAAUCGGAAACUUGGAGCUUCCUCGAGUCCCUCUCAAACUCGAGCUCUGAUGAUAAAGAGAAGAAGACCUUAUUACCAUACGUUCAACCUCCAUCUUCGCGUAGAACUCUCAGCGACGAGAGCUUAGCAUUGUGCACUGAAAGCCUCGGGAGCGAGACGGGCUCUGAUAUCAUUCAUGAAGAUGAAGAUUUGUUCUUGAUUUCAUCUGAGUUACAAACCAUGGAAACUAGAAAGUCUUCAAAGACAUCAAGAUUUUCACGACAAGAGAAGAAGAGGAAUGCUAUGGCUUCGCUUCCACCUCCUUUGACAAGUAUGAGCGGUUUUGAUUGCAUUCAAGUCAAAUCCCACCGCGAAAAUGGAAGAUUGGUAAUGACGGCCGCGAGGGCUCCACCGCAUCAAGAAGAUGUGUUGAAGGGAAUCGAGAAAACAGAGGAUUUCUAA